UGCGCGCGGCGGUAGUUAGUAAUUGUCCUGCUCUGGCGAGGCGAGGGCGCGUGAGGCGCGGAUUCUCGGUGGCUGUGCUGCGAUAACCGGACCGAGGGGCGUCCGGGCCGCUGAGAUCGCCGCUUCAUUGUGCCCUGUAGAGCUUCGAGAGAGAAAAGCACGGGCCAGUUCCGAGCCCUCCCGACCGCCUGCGGGAACUGAACCUGUGCGCGGGGCCGGGCGGUGGGAGUCGGAGGCCGGGCCGUGGGACUGCGAGGCCGCGUAGAGGCAGGUGAGUUUGGUGACGACUGGACAUGUGGGUCCUGAGAUAUCAGUCUAUCCACGUAUCUGGACUAUACCUUCCUCGGUUUAACUGAAUUCUGCUUUUCCUAACUCCAAACACCAUUGUCUGGGAAGGUGCUAUGGCGAGGACUUUAACUGUAAUCUUCAUCCUGACCUUCACUCUGUCAGUCACAAAUUCCCUUCAUGAAGUACAACCAGCAACCGCUUUCCCUCACACCACUGAGAAAAUUAUUCCAAACUGGGAGUCUGGCAUUAAUGUUGAUUUGGCAGUUACCACACAGCGACAUCACCUACAGCAGCUUUUCCAUCGCUAUGGAGAAAAUAAUUCCUUGUCAGUUGAAGGGUUCAGAAAGUUGCUGCAAAAUAUAGGCAUAGAUAAGAUUAAAAGAGUUCAUAUACACCAUGACCACGAGCAUCAUUCUGAGCACGAGCAUCAUUCUGACCAUGAUCAUCACUCUCACCAUAAUCAUGCUGCUUCUGGUAAAAAUAAUCGGAAGGCUCUUUGCCCAGACCAUGACUCUGAUAGCUCUGGAAAAGAUGCUAGAAACAACCAGGGGAAAGGAUCUCACCGAUCAGAACAUGCCAAUAGUAGAAGGAAUGUUUUAAUCAAGGAUGGUGUUGGUGCUAGUGAAGUGACCUCAACUGUGUAUGAUGCUAUCUCUGAAGGAACUCACUUUCUAGAGACAAUAGAAACUCCAAAACCUGGAAAACUUCUCCCCAAAGAUGUGAGCAGUUCUACUCCCCCCAGUAUCAUGGAAAAGAGCCAGGCAAGCAGGCCGGCUAGGAGGAAAACAAAUGAAUCUGUGAGUGAGCCCAGAAAAGACUUUAUGUAUUCCAUAAACGCAAAUGGAAAUACUCAGGAGUGUUUCAAUGCAUCCAAGCUGCUUACAUCUCAUGGCAUGGGCCUCCAGGUGCCACUGAACGCAUCAGAGUUCAACUAUCUCUGCCCAGCCAUCAUCAAUCAAAUUGAUGCCAGAUCGUGUUUGAAUCAUACCAUGAGUGAAAAGAAAGCUGAAAUCCCUCCAAAGACCUAUUCUUUACAAAUAGCCUGGCUUGGUGGCUUUAUAGCCAUUUCCAUCAUCAGUUUCCUGUCUUUGCUGGGCGUUAUCUUAGUGCCUCUCAUGAAUCGGGUGUUUUUCAAGUUUCUCCUGAGUUUUCUUGUGGCAUUGGCUGUUGGGACAUUGAGUGGUGAUGCUUUUUUACACCUCCUUCCACAUUCUCAUGCAAGCCACCACCAUAGUCACAGCCAUGAAGAAACAGCAAUGGGAAUGAAGAGAGGACCACUGUUCAGUCAUCUAUCUUCUCAAAACAUAGAAGAAAGCACCUAUUUUGAUUCCACAUGGAAGGGUCUAACAGCCCUGGGAGGCUUGUAUUUCAUGUUUCUUGUUGAACAUGUGCUCACUUUGAUCAAACAAUUUAAAGAUAAAAAGAAAAAGAAUCAGAAAAAACCUGAAAAUGAUGAUGACGUGGAGAUUAAGAAGCAGCUGUCCAAGUACGACUCUCAGCUUUCACCACAUGAGGAGAAAGUAGAUGCAGAUGAUCGACCUGAAAGCUAUUUACGAGCAGACUCACAAGAGCCCUCCCACUUCGAUUCUCAGCAGCCAGCAAUCUUGGAAGAAGAAGAGGUCAUGAUAGCUCAUGCUCAUCCACAAGAAGUCUAUAAUGAAUAUGUACCCAGAGGUUGCAAGAAUAAAUGCCAUUCACACUUCCAUGAUACGCUGGGCCAGUCAGAUGAUCUCAUUCAUCACCAUCAUGACUACCAUCAUAUUCUGCAUCACCACCACCACCAAAACCACCACCCUCACAGUCACAGUCAGCGCUACUCCCGGGAGGAGCUGAAAGAUGCCGGCAUCGCCACGUUGGCAUGGAUGGUGAUAAUGGGCGAUGGCCUGCACAAUUUCAGUGAUGGCCUAGCGAUUGGUGCUGCUUUCACUGAGGGUUUAUCAAGUGGUUUAAGUACUUCUGUGGCUGUGUUCUGUCACGAGUUGCCUCAUGAAUUAGGUGACUUUGCUGUGUUACUAAAGGCAGGCAUGACUGUUAAGCAGGCUGUUCUUUAUAAUGCUUUGUCAGCCAUGCUGGCAUAUCUUGGAAUGGCAACAGGAAUUUUCAUUGGUCAUUAUGCUGAAAAUGUUUCUAUGUGGAUAUUUGCACUUACUGCUGGCUUAUUCAUGUAUGUUGCCCUGGUUGAUAUGGUACCUGAGAUGCUACACAAUGAUGCUAGUGACCAUGGAUGUAGCCGCUGGGGAUAUUUCCUUUUACAGAAUGCUGGGAUGCUUUUGGGAUUUGGAAUUAUGUUGCUUAUUUCCAUAUUUGAACACAAAAUUGUGUUUCGUAUAAAUUUCUAAUUAGGGUAUAAAUGAUAGAGUAGCUUAAAAAACUGCUGUCUAUAGUUUGAAUAGGUCAUAGGAAGAUGAGAGUGUAUGCUGUGAUAGGCAGUAUUUAAGGUUAGUGUUUUUGUGAUUUUUGUAUUGAAUAUUGCUAUUUGUUAUGCUUAUAAGGUCACUUAUGGUAGAAACAUAAAGGUACGUUUUAAUAUUUAAGUUAUUCUACUUUUGGAAUAUAAACUAUAUGUGCAAUUUACCAGUUUUACCAGUUCAUUGUGUAAACAAGAGAUUUGGCGUGAUAUGUUCUGUAUAUGUCAAGAAAAAUAUCAAUGUUUUUUCUAGAACUAAUUUAAUACAGUAAUUCCUGUGCUGGAUUUUAGGCCUCUGAAGAACUGGUGGUGUUUAGAACUAAGAAUACACACGAAGCCUAAGAUACCAAUCAAUAAAGCUUGUACUGAAUUUAAGCUAAGAAAUAAGGAGGAAAAAAAUAUGUAUAAAUUAAGGCAUAAAUUUCUUACAAAAGAAAUCAAAAGUGGUUAUAAAAUAGAAGGGAAAUUUAGAUUUAAAUUAAAAAGGCAAUAUUAGUAAAGUAUAGAGUACAUUCAUAAACAUUUUUGUUGCAGUAUUAAUGUUCCCAUAAAACCAUAAUGAGCACUUUUACUAAUUUAGUUGUACAUUUAACUUUGUAUAAUGGAAACGUCUAAAUAUAUUCAAAUUCAAACACUGUAUCACUUGACCAAGAAAUUUGAAUUUUAAAAUAUUUGCGUGGAGAUAUAUCAAAUGACUAUGAGUAAGUUUAUAUAUUCCCAGAAGACUUAGAUACCACCAAGUUAUAUAUUGCUCAAAGUUAUAUUUGGAUGGUUAUCUGGUUUAUCAAAUGUCAGUAUAUUAUAACUUUGAAAAAAGGAUAUUAAAACCAUAUUGAGUAUAAUUUGACUUCUGGAUUCAGGAAGUCCUUUGGUAUCUUUCAGUGCUUCAGUGUUGUUAUUAUGAGUAAUUUUCCUGUUUAUAAACAGUACGUUAGAUAUACUAGGGCUGUCUGUGGCAUUCUCUAGAUGUUGUUUUUCUACAAAAUAAAAUCUCAUGUCAACUUGA